UUUUUUUCACAGGAAAACAAAAACUUUCAACUACAUACAUAGUCUUCUUCACGAGUUCAUUUAUAUAAAAGAUGACAAGCAUGUUUUUCUCAAAUCGUCGGACGACAAGGCUGACUUGUGGGUUCAAAUUGAACACUAACUCACCCGAGUGGCACAAGAGCAUGACGAAAAUUCUCAAGAAAAUCAGAGGAGGAAACUUUUGGAUAGACGUGGACGAAGGAAUGGCAUACGUAACGGGUCAAGGCGACCCAAACAAGCUAUUGAAAUUGAUGGCUUCGAGGAAAGGCAAAGAUGCUGAAAUGGCCUUUGUGAAAACCGGAAUACAUCAUCAUUCUAAUUUUGGCAACAGCUAUCAAAACUCUUACUUUGGCCAAUCAACGCCUUAUUGGCCUGCAGGGCCGCCGGCUAUGCAACCUUACCAACAUCAGUAUUCUUAUCCGGGUGGAUAUGGUUACAGUUAUUAUUAGGAUUUUAUGUAGUUUUGUUUUAUAAAACUACGUCGAGAUCAAGCAAAACCCUUCUUUCUUUAGUCUGUUAGGGUUUUCUGCUUGUAUCUUUUUUUUUGUUUUUGCUUUAUUUGAUUUAAGUUCUCUCUGCUAUUUAUUAGUAUCAGCAGAAGAGGAUCAAGGAUAAAAGGAGGUUUUUGAAUUUUGUAAGAAU